UCAUUUGUUUUGUUUCAUGGUUAUAUUUGUUAAAACAAAAAAAAAAAUGUCCCUUAAAGAUAUCGAUAAAUUCAUCUCACAAUUUGUUCAUAAAUGUACCCAAAUAAUUGUUCAAUCACGUCUUGGUAAUGAUCAACGUACACAAACUAAAUGUAAUCCAAAUGGUAAAGAUUGGUUCAAUCUGGAUAUUGUCGAUAUGAAAGAUGUAUAUGAUAAUGCACAAAAAUGUUUAAAACAUUUAUCCAAUGGUCAACAAAUGUUUUUCAUACAAAAAGAAUGGAAAAUUUGUUGUGAAAUAUUAUUGAAAAAUGCCGAUAAUAUAUCGAUUACAUUAGAAUAUUGGAUAUUUGCCAAUCAUACAUUGAUUAAUGAAAAAGAUUUUGAACAAAAACAUUUGGAUGAAUAUUCACAGAAAGUAUAUGAAAUAUUUAUACGUAUGAGUAAUAUGAUUAAAUCAUUAAUAGUAUUGACACGUUCGACGCCUGCAUAUCGUCUUAGUUCAAAAGGUCAAAGUGCUGAUUCUUAUGUCAUUUGUUAUCGUAUUUAUCCAUUGGUAUUGAAAAAUUAUACAGAUUUUAUUGACCGAUUAACUGAUCAAAAUCGUCAUUAUUCACCAUUGAAAACAAUCGGUGUUAUACGUAGUGAAUUGAAUGAAUUAUCAUUAUCAUUUAUUUAUCGAACCGAUAUGAAUGUAACAAGUGAAUCUGAGAUUGAAAAUCUAACACAACAAUCAGAUGAAAUGAUGAUGCAAAUAAACAAUUAACAAAACAACAACAACAACAUGAUGAUGAUGAUGAUGAUUCAAUUAUCAAUGAAAGAUGACCAUUUUAAAAUCGAUCUAACCAAUGAACCAUUGGAUAUUUUUGAUAUAAUAAAACCAUUGAAUCCAGCAUUUGCAACAAAAAAAUCGAAUAAUUUUGAAACCGAUUUCAAUAUACCAUUCAGUUCAUUAUUAUCAAUGUCAAAAGAAAUUGAAAUGAAAAAUCUAACAUGUGAUGAUGAACAACAAUCAUCAACAAAUAUUAUGACAACGACAACACCAAAAUCAUCACCAUCAUCAAAUCCGAUAAAGAUACCGUCAACAAAAAUGAUGAAAUCACAAUCACAAUCAAUAAAAUCACCUACAUCACAACAAAUUUAUUCAACAUCAAACGAUAGUUUUGUAUUUGUCGAAUUGAAUGCACCAUUUGCAUCGGAAGAAAGUCUUUUACAUUCAUUUUUUCAUGGUCCAUCGCCAACAUUUUUACAUCGAUCAAAUGAUUGUGAUUCAAUCAACGAUAUGGAUGAAUUGAGCAUGCAAUUAGCCGAACUAGAAUCGGCGGCAACACAAAUCGAUAGUUUUGUUGAAUCAAUUUGUGUAUCAAAUGAAAAUGAAGAUUUGAAAUUUGAAACCUAAACCUAUUGAAAUCAUUACUUUUCCUACUCAUCAUCAUCAUCAUCAUCAUCAUCAUUUGUUUCCAGUCAUACUCAUUAUCAUCUUCAUCGUGA